AUGAUUCGUCGCACUGGUGAUAUACUCAGUCAUUUUGUUGAUGUGAAUAUGGUGAUCAUAGAUAGCAUAGUCCAGUUUAACUCUUUUAAUUUGGAGGAUUGGAACUGGAGGACUCUAUUGUUUAGUUUGGAGGAUUUUAUUGUGUUUUGUAGGUUUAGAUCUUGGGUGUUUGAUUCCUAUCUUGAGGACUUUAUUGUAAGAUUUGGUGUUCCUGAACCUGUUCCUGUUGGCAACUGCUGCAGCUGGAACAUUCUGGAGAUAGUUGAUCAUCCUGUUAAUGGAGUCUACGUAGAUGGAUGGUUUGAUGUGCGAUAUGUUUAUAUGGUAGUUGUGUUUCAAAACUGA